AUGGCCGGUCAAGACCAGCUGCGACAAGCUCUCUUCAUGGAAAUCCUGAUGGAGGCAGGUGACCAGACUGAUAACCAAUAUCUCCUGCCCUCAUCCAUCCCCACAUCCCACCCCUCGGCCCCUCACCGCCUCGGCCCCUCGCCGCGGCUCCUGGCUCUUGUUAGCGGUCUGGAGACACUUUGUUGCGCUCGGUUAGGGACACGGAGGGCCUUUCAUGCUGUCGGGGGGCUGCCCUGGAUCGUCUUGCCCGGGCUAAAAGGCCCUGCGGCGGCCACCAGCGGGCCCCGUGCCAGGCCUGCCUCCGGGGAGUCACCUGCAGAGCCGCAUUGUUGUGACACGGCUAAUCGUCUGCGCUUUGUUCGCCGGAAAAACCAUCAAAAGUCACUUCACAGACGCGCAAACACGGAGAGAGGGAUUGUCAGCAGCCUGAGCUUUGAUUGGAGAUCUCACAUCAUUGUUGUGGAGGCUCUUUGUUUGAGCGGUUAG